UGCGAGUGGAGCAGCGUCGCGCGUUCAUGUCGCCCAUGAAGCUGGCCAUCAUGCCUCACCUCCUCAAGCUCUACGACUUCACGACCGUCAUCGAGCCCGCGACCCUGGGCUUCAGCAUGGCCAAGCCCACCCUCAAGCCUCGCUGGCAGAGCCUCUACUACCCGCUCACCGACGGCGUCUGGGCCUCCAUCCUGGCGGUGCUGGCGCUGGUGCCCGUGGCGCUCAUCCUGAUCACGAAGGCGGGGGCCCGGAUGGGAAGCCAAAGCAUCAGAAGCAUGCAGAGGCUGGUGCUGGAGGUGGCCGGGUCGCUCGUGAGCCAGAGUUCCUCAGGGCGAGGCUAUGACACCUCCUCCACUCAGGUGCUGCUCGCUACCUGGCUCAUCUUCUCCUUCAUCGUCAGCACCGCCUACAGGGGAAACCUCACCGCCUUCCUCACCAUUCCCAAGUACCCGGAUCGACCUGAAACCCUCGAGCAGUUCAUACGGACAGGGGCGAAAGCGACUUACCCGCCCGAUGUCGUUGACUUCUACAACAACUUCAAGAAAUCGGAUUCUUAUUUAUAUACGACCCUUGCAAGUCGCAUGACAUUAGUCCCGAACUUCCAAGUCGGACUGCAAGAAGCUAUUGAUCUUGGCCAGGGUUACUUCUACGAGCGGAUGUCCCUAAAGCUCGCGAUCGAGGAGCACUUCACGUCCGCCGACGGGAGCACCAGGCUGUACGUGGCCGGCCAGAACAUCCUGCCCGCCUACUGCGCCUGGCCCAUCCCCUGGGGCGUCCCGUACAAGGAGAAGCUCAACCAGUUUAUCAUGGCUUUUCAGGCUGCUGGUCUGAUCGAGAAAUGGACCGAAGACAUCCUGAAGGAGGCGCGCCAGGAAAGCACCGCCAAACAGCGCCGGAACGCAAACCGGAAAAAGGAAGUCCAAGGCACGGCUUCGGACGAGACGGACUCGGAUGACGACAGCGAGGACAGCAGCAGCCAAGGCAUCAUGGCGCUGACCCUGACGCACUUGCAAGGCCCGAUCUUCUUGCUGUUGCUCGGCCUCCUCGUCUCAAGCCUUGUCUUCUGCGUGGAGAUCUUGGCUUCGUGGAUUCUGAAGAAGUAACUCGCACAGCUGGUAAUGGCUUCCUUCGGGAUGUUGAUGACGACUGGAUAACGAGCAGAAAAAAUUGUUUGGCAAAUAUUGUUUUUCUUCUUCACCAUCUCUCCUGCAUUGUAUUUACUUAUUCCUAUGCUUACAAAUCAAUAAAUCGUUCUUGUAUGUUCUAUAGCUUAUCCAAAUUUUAGUACAGAUUUAUUUUACACUUAAUUCUUCUGUAUUU